UCCCUCUGUAACCAAAGCUGCUGCCUUGUGCUCAGAUGUCCCUCCGCGACGUUCACUGCUUCCUCUAACCAUGUCUGUGGUGUGAUCAAACACCUCGUAAGGACGCGUUUGCUGGGGGGGGGUUCUUAUUUUUCUUCUUUUUUUUUUUUGACUCUCACAUGGUAUCUUACGGGAUCACAGCAGCUGUUCUAACAGUGCUAUGUGCAGCAAAAGCCUGUGUGCAGUGAAUGCACCUUGCAGCCCGGUGUGAAUCUUGCCAAACCACAUUAAAAUGCUUUUUUGGCUUCUCCCAAUGCAUGUCGUGGCCCGAGUUGCAACGGGAGUUUGGAUCUUUCUGCUCCUGCACAGAAGAGGUUACUGAGCCUGUUCCUGCAGCCAAAGGAGCGCUAGGAAAUGUUCAGCCUGUUCUUAGUGGGAUGAACUGAAGUGGCUUGGGUUUUCUUCCUUGCUGUAAUUAAAUAAGAAAACAAGAGUCCUUGGUUUAAAUCUUUUUAAUCUUUCUCCAGAGAAGAAAUGCUGAUUAGCACUCUGCAGCAUCUGUUAGAGAUGGACUGAAUUGUGGCAAAGGUAGUCUUGACCUUGAAUUUGGGAUUUCCUUGCCAACAUUUGACGACACUGUUUACCUAUUUGGACAACUCUAAGGCUUCAUGUAAAUCUAAGUGGAAUUCUGCUUGGUGAAAGGAAUUUGCUUGCUUUCUUAUAAAAUUACGGAAACUCUUAUUUGCCAGAUUCAGUAAAGCAUUAGCUUUAGUUAAUUUCUGUUACUGUAUUUAUUUCUCUGUCCAGCACAUGUGAAAUAAUAUUUUUGGUACACACAGCUUUCUGCUUCGAGCUUCCAUCAAAGAGCAGCUUGACACAAAUUAUACGAGGGGAUGGAUGUGGGAACAAAGGAGGUAUAAUUAGCUACAGAUAAACAGAGCUGUGUUUCUCGUCAGCAUCCUUUCAGAUCUUAACUUGUGUCUCACCCUCUUGGAGCGAAUUCUUUUCCACAGACUGGAAGAGGAAGGCAAGCUUUCCCUGGUCUUCCAGCUUUCAACCAGCCUUCAACUUGAAAUCAGGACCAGAUGAGCAGAGGGAGGUUUCUGUGAAGAUCAGAGUUGCCCCAGCCCUACCCCAGGAAGUGGCCCAGCAGCGCUGCAUCUCCAGCUGUCAUCGCUGCGGACCUGGAAAAGAAAGAAGAGAAGAAAAAUGUCCCAUGCUUUAAAGCAAGUGUUCAGUAAAGACAAAACCUUCCGGCCCAAGCGCAAGUUUGAGCCAGGGACUCAGCGGUUUGAGCUGCACAAGAAGGCUCAAGCCUCGCUCAAUGCUGGCCUGGACUUGAAAGUUGCCGUCCAGCUGCCGCCGGGAGAGGGGCAGAAUGACUGGGUGGCCGUGCACGUGGUGGAUUUCUUCAACCGCAUCAACCUGAUCUACGGCACCAUCAGUGACUAUUGCACGGAGCAGUCCUGCCCCGUCAUGUCGGGAGGACCCAAGUACGAGUACCGGUGGCAGGACGAGCACAAGUACCGGAAACCCACGGCCCUGUCUGCUCCCCAGUACAUGGACCUCCUGAUGGACUGGAUUGAGGUACAGAUCAACAACGAGGACAUCUUUCCCACUAAUGUUGGUACUCCCUUCCCCAAGAACUUCCUCCCGGUGGUGAAGAAGAUUCUCUCCAGGCUCUUCCGGGUCUUUGUCCAUGUCUACAUCCACCAUUUCGACAGGAUCACCCAGAUGGGGUCGGAAGCCCACGUGAACACCUGCUACAAGCACUUUUACUACUUUGUGAAAGAGUUCAAUCUCAUAGACACCAAGGAGCUGGAACCACUGAAGGAAAUGACCUCCCGGAUGUGCCACUGAGAUCAGACCUUCCUGCUCCCACCUCGGCCUCUCUUCUGAGGACUCCGAGUCCCACUCCUGCAUUGGGGACAUGAUUCAAGGGGAGAACAGAGACAUUUUGUUAAAGAAAUCUAUAUAUUUUUAAUGAGUUUCAAUCUAAAACUGUGAUAUUGCAGGAAUAUUUUUUUAAAGAUUCUCUAGAUUAACUAGUUUUUUAUAGUAAUUUCUAUAAAAAGAGGAAAAUAUUUUGGGCCACUUGGUGGAAACGCUCACUCUUUGAGAAGGGAAGAGCCACCUUGUACUGCCUCAUCCCUGUGCCCUCACUGCAGCAGCACCAAGUGAGCCGAGCCAGACGCUUCAGAAAGAGCCGUGUCGUGUAGCUGGUGCUGCCAUGGAAGCGGUACUUCCCUCUGGACACCCAUUUCCCACCCAUGAAGGGAGGUUACGGGGGGAUUGGGGAAGGAAUGCCGGUGUACGUGGAUCCCCUGGGGUGCUGUUUGGUUCCAGCACCCCUUCCGCUGGCUGUGAGUCCAGCUUUUUGGCCAGAGCUGCUUUUGUGCUCGCCCUUCACUUUGGCAUCCCGUCCCCAAGGCUUGGCCCUCCUUGCUUUCCCUCUGCAAGAAGUUGGACUUGGGUUUCUUUCGUGUCUAGACCGGUGCUGCCACUGCUAGUGGAGUCUGUGCCGGAGCGCUGCUGUUGUGAGUCUGCUCUCGCCUCUCACACCAGCUCCGAGCUGAGCUGCGGCUCUGGGGUCGGUGCUGGCGGCGGUGGGCCAGGCAGGCCCUGUGCCUCGGGGGAGCGAGCGGAGGGAAGGCGCUAGGACAGGCGUGGGGAAGGCUCCUCAAACCACCUGCGCUUCCCCAUCCCCCCGUGGCCCCCUGCCCCGCUGGGGAGGAGCUGGGCCACUCGCCCUCCGGCCUCGCUUGCUGGCUGUGUGGGGACCAUUCCCCGCUUCCCGUCGGGGUGAGGAGCCGUCUCCCUCUUCCCCAGGGUCCCGUCCCCACUCGGCUGCCUGCACAAGCAGCUCCGCUGCGCGACGGGAGCUUUGCAGUGCCCCCCCAGGUAGGUAGAUAGGGUACCUAGGAUUCGGGGGGCUGGGGGAGCAGGGUUUACAAGCAGAGAGAAAAGGUUUUGAUGAACAGUGACCAAACUGUACCACUAACCACUUCUUCCUUAGAAAGUUUUUCUGUGUCCUGGAAUCUCUGUACAUACGUGACUCUUGUUUCUUUUACUAUCGUUAGGACACUCGUACAAAUACCACUAUAGUUCUCUGAAAUGGAACCAAUAAAUUAUGUUGUAUUGACGUAGCGCA